AUGGAAUUUUUAGAAUAUGGUACUACUUUAGCAGUUUGUGAUACCACAAUAGGACAUAUAAUUAAACAAUUAUUCAAUGAUCUUCCAUCGGCUUUAGACAUAAUAGAGUGUACAAAUCUAAAAUGUAAAAAAACAACAUUAACCCCUAUAUCUGUACCUUAUAUAAAUAUUCAAAUUACAAAUGAGGACUUGAGUUACCUACAACAGGAUAUAGAUAGUAGAAUGAGAACUAAUACUUCAAUAUGUGGUCAUACUGAAAAGAACAGUACACCGUGCAUUGGUAACAAAACAGUGACAACUACAAUACAAAUGCAUUUAUUUAUUGAGCUCCUCAAUAGGAUAGAGGAGGAUGAAAUAAAUAGCAGCCAGCAUAGCACCGAAGCAGCAUCUCAUCCUAAAAUAAAGUUGUCAAAUAUCCCACCUGUACUUAUCAUAAAUGAAAAAGCAUUUGAACUGAGAGGUGUAUUUUGCUAUCAACAAGGAUUAAGUAGGUUAAGAAACUCUGUAGGGCAUUAUUAUGCUUAUGGAAAACGAGGACCAAACAACUGGGAGCUAUUUGAUGACACAAGGAAAAAAACAAAACCUGUAAAAAAUUCAACUGUCGCCCCAUGUGAAUAUUUAAUGUAUUCAAUUUGA